UUCAAACGCACCGUAAUAUCCCGACUACCCUAAUAAAAUCAAGUUUAAAAACUACUACAGUGAUGUCAGAUGACUUCGGUGAUCUAAUUUAACUGGACUUUUUAGUGUUGACUUUUUCGUUCAGUGUCAGGACGUAAGGUUGUGACCUGUGAUGUCAUUGAUCAGUGAUUAUAAUUUUGACAUUCCAUAUUCGAUAACUUGAUGUGUUAGUGUUUGUUUAUUUUAUUGUUUUAACUGAAUUUAAUUAUGAACUGCAGUGUUGAUAAGUGAUUUCGUUUAUUACUUACAUUUGACUUGGAAAACUAAGUGGGUGUUAUUUAUCAGUGACAAUAACAUUAAAUACUAUUAUUUUAAUACCUUCAUCUUUAUGUGUGUUUGCUGUGAUUAGUAAUGUACCUGAAAAUGUACAUAAAAUCGGAGAGGUUUUAUCAACAGCCUGACAAUCAGGCGCUGAAGGAAGACAGGUGUUUCUCAGACUAUGAGGAGGAAUUGGAUGACCGUGAAGGCGGCGGCGGCGGGGGCGCGCGGCGGUGCGCGCGCGACGCGGCGUCGCCCGCGCACGCACCGCCGCCGACGCCGACCCCAGCGCCGCACGCGCCCGUCAAGAGCGAGCGCCUCAGCCCGCACGACUCCAACGCUUCCAGGUCUCGUAGCGUGACCCCAUCGACAUCCUCCUACCCAGGCACGCCGCCGGAGCGCGGCAGCCCGCACGCGGCGCCACCGGCGUCUGCUCAUCCCCCGCGCAACUACUCCGACAUCAUGCGCUCGCUCGCCGCGAGGUACAACUCGCACAAUAAUAACGACUACUUCCACCGCAUGAAUGGCUUCGGCGAGGUGCGCACAGCGGCGCCGGCUCAGGACACAGACGCGCCGCUCGGCGGGCUGUUCACGAAGCUCGCCAGCAAGCAGGGGGGACCGCCGCGACUGCCUGCCUUCCCCGUCAUGUUAGAUAUGAGCUCCACUAAGACGUUGCUGGCGAUAUCUCGGGUGGGUCGCGGCGGGCGGUCGCGGCGCAAGCGGCACGGCGCAGGCGUCCCCGAACACUCGCCGCUGGACCUGUCGGCGGCGGGGGAGAGUGCCGCCAAGCGCGCGCGUCUCUCUGCCAGCCCCAGCACCAGGAGCGACAGCGAUGACAGAGACAGAGUCUCUAAUGAUGAUCGUAGUGAUGCGCGCGGCGAGUGCCUCUGCGCCGAGGCUCGCGCGCGCCUCUCCGCCUGGUCGGUCGAUGAAGUCUGCGACUUUAUCAACACCAUCGAUAUCUGUGCCGAGUACGCAACGAAUUUCCGUGAGCAGCGAAUCGACGGCUCCGGUCUUCCACUGUUAACGGAGGACCACUUAACAGGGAUGCUGCAGAUGAAGCUAGGGCCCGCUCUGAAGCUUCGGGCCGUGCUUUCGAGGCGGCUGGAGCCUUGCGCGGCCUGCCAGGCCUCGCAGGGCACCCUGGCCUCGCAAGGUGCCUCGCCUCGCAUGAAUGGUGCAGCCCUCAAACCGGAGCCCCGGAGUAACACGACGAGCCCCAGUUAGGACUUCAGAAGUAAAAUAGUACUUUUAAUGCGUAUCGUUCCUUUACAACUGCUUUUUGUUUGCGUUGAUUAUGUUGAUGACUUUGAUAAUGUAUAUUGAACCAUCCAGUUUCAAUUGGAAUUUUUCAAUUGUAUUUUCGCAUUUUCUGUGAAAACAAAAAGCUGUUUUUUAAGAUACAUAACUCUAAGAUUGACAUCUGGAAUCAUUCAGAGGGUCUUAAGUACUUACUUGGCUCUCAAUUUCAUUUGAUACAUUUUUUAACAAUCAUAAUAAUACUAGUUUAAUGAUAGUCAUCUGCCUGCAUUCGUACAGUCUUCCUGUUCAUAGAUAUUGCAUUUAGUUAUUAUAAGACGCUUUAGAUUUAAUCUAGUUUCGUAAGAUUUUUGUUUUGUAUAUAAUAAACGAGUUGCCGUCAAAUGUUUUAAAUGUAAUACUUGCGUAAGAAAUAUUUUUGUAUGUUUAUUAAUUAAUCCAAGUAUAAGGGGUCAGUUUUGAAAUUUUUAACAACCCCAAGCAGAGCUCGCAUACAAAAAUAUUUUAUAUAAAAACAACGAAAUUAUUUCGGUGCUAAGACCCUGUUUAACUUAAAUAUAUUGUAUAUAAUGGCCGUUAUGUAAAAAAUAUUGCUUAAAUAAUCGAGGCUACGCGUCUACAGGGUCACAAAGUUUAUACGGUGUGUAUAUAAAUACAUUAGUUGUAUAGAUGUAUAGUUAUAUAUACGUGGAUAUAUGAUAGCAUUUAUUUACACCACACUGAAGAAAGCUCAGUAAUACCGAUCUACAAUAUAUAUGUUGUAGUUUAAAAUGUUUAGCUAGUUGUAAAGAACUUAACUUCACAGUGAGCAUAAUAAUUUUCUUUGUAUUUCGUCUGUUAUAUGUAGGAUUAUGUAAAUAAAUGUUGUAACGAUCACUGUUUGUAGCAACGUAACUGGUUAGAGAAAUGCUUCGAAGAAAAGACAUCAACGAGCACUUGCGUAUAUUUAGAAUACAUUUUUGUUUCAAAUCAUGUAUCUUAUAAAAUUCUGUCUAUUUGUACUUUUUAUUUUAAGGUAUCUAUAGUGCCUUAUACGUAUCAAAACCUCUUUCUUCUGUCUGAACUUUUUCUCAUUUUUUUUUUUACUUUUUUUUCUAAAAUUGUUUAAAAAUUAUCGCUGUAUUGUUACUUCAAGUCUUAGUAUCCAUUUCUGAACAGUUACGUGGACAAAAUAACGUCGUUUAAAAUAGAUAUAGAUAUAUAUAUCCUACAGAUAUUGUAAACAAAACGUGGUUUCCUGUGGUAAUCUCCUUAAUUGCCAAAAUAGAAUGGUUAAUAAACAAUAUACUUAUUUAGUAGGUAAAGCAGGUUACUGGUGGUAUACGAACACAUUACAUAUGUUAAAAGAGUAACUUGUGACUUAAGCACUAUCAAUAUUGAGACAUUUGACUUGAAACUAGAACAAUUUUAACUAAGGGUCCCACUUUUAAACUGAUCUGGCCAAUCGUUGAGGUUUUCCAACUUAAUUUUUUCAUUUGUAAAACAUGCAGUGCUUAAAAUUAAUUGUCAUGGACUUUCUUAAAUAGUUAUCUUGCUCAAAAUGAAAAACUGAUUCGAUAUCACGACGUUUAUUGUUUGGGCUCGAGAGGUGAAGUGACCCACUUCAAUAUAAAAACUUAUUCUAUGGAACAAAUCGAAUAUAUUUAAAAUGAUUGCCCGGUCAGUAUCAAUUUGUGAUGAAUAAAACCUUACAAAUGAAAAAGUUUCUAACUACGUUACAGUACCUAUCUUGUCCUGUGUUGUCUUAAAUACCAGUGUCGAUAAAUAAAGGGCGAAUACUCAAACAUCACUUACCCUUUAAGUCGUUCGUAAAUACUUUUCAUGUCUACAGUACAUACCAGUGGUAGAAUUAGGUUCAAGCUCUGCUUAAAAUUGAUUGAUGUUUCGACUCGGCCAAAAGUUCCAUCAAUUUAUUUUCGAGUCAAAAUGUCUUUUAAAAAUCAAAAAACUAUCCCCAGUGACCUUUAAUUCGUAUUAUGACCAACAUAUCAUCAACGUGAGGUGCUAUUUCGGUACGUAGAUUUAAAAACUGUGCCUAGAACGGUCUUCCUUUAAAAUUAGAAUAUACAAUUUAUUACAAAUAAUUAUUAUAAUGGCGAGAUUCCACCAUUUGAGAUACAUAUAUAUAAACGCGAGUCCAUUUCUAGCUUGUGUUCGCGCUCUAAGGUUACAAUUUCGCGGACAUUUUAGAACUGUUCGCACGCAAUUUGUUACUGUUUGCUAGAGAGAGUAGACCAGAAGAUACAUUUGUAGAACACCGGUGGAAUCUCCCCUUAACACUUUCAGAAAAGUAUUACGGUUGUACGCUUUAAAUUGGACGAUAAUAAUACAAUGAUAAAUAAUAAUAAUAAAUAGUUUUCUAUAGAAUACUUGACGAAUUAUUGUUGAUAAGUAAUUAUUUUAUUAGAUCUUUAUAGAUUUGAUCACAGCUUUUAUUACGUAACUAACGUUGUAAUGGACCAGUGACUUACUGAGUAUAUAGAGAAUGUAAAUUUGUACCUAUAGUUAUUCUGUGUUAAGUACUUUAUUGAAAUAACAAUAUGACGCGUAACAAGUCCCGAUCUUCAGUUCUGUAUCACUGACAAUAAAAAUCGUAAAGAAAACAUUUUUUUUAAUAACCAAUGAAUGACUUGUUAUCUACAAGACUUUGAUUAUUGUUAUUUUUAAUGUAUAAUUAUUGUGUAAUAUAACAAGGUUUUAGUCACUUUGUUAGUUUCCUUGCGAACAUUGUACUUAGUUAACUAUUUAGCUUGUUUAGUCGAGUUUGAUCCAACCCUUUAAGUAUUUAUGUGAAGAGAAAUAAAAGCGACAAUUUAAUGAAACUA